UACUACACCUCAGGAACACGGCAGACCUGGCAACCCAGGUUAUCGAUGAUUCAUGCUCCAUUGUGCAUGUCUGGAUUUACAAACAGUUUAUAGUGAACGAUUAUCGAAUGCAGCAACACAAAGUUGAAGUUUUUAGUAAAGAGUAGGUUUUAUUCUGAAACUUUGCUAACAAGAUGUCCGUUUCAGUUCGGUCACUUGUGCGUUGUGUGAAGUUCCGCUGGGUCUCAGAGCGAAUAUACAGCGGGCAUAUGCGUGUAGCGGAUCAGGUGAGGCUUUACCGCGCCGGCAGCGCGGCGGCUCGCGGCUCAGGCGCCUGGCACACGGUGGACCUGCGCAGUGACACGGUGACUGAGCCGGGACAAGCCAUGCGCAGCGCCAUGGCACAGGCCAGGGUCGGAGAUGAUGUGUUCGGUGAAGACCCCACCGUUAAUGAACUGCAGACAGUGGCGGCUGAUAUGUUUGGCAUGGAGGCAGCUUUGUUUGUACCCACAGGAACCAUGAGCAAUUUGAUUGCAGUCAUGGUGCACUGCAGAGAGAGGGGCGAUGAGAUGAUAGUGGGGGAUCUCUCUCAUCUGCACAUCUAUGAGCAGGGAGGGAGUGCACAGCUUGCUGGUGUACACUCCACCACACUCACGACUCUGGCUGAUGGAACGUUUGAUCUGGAGCAGCUGGAAUCAAAGAUCCGCCAUGACUAUCCUGAUGCGCAUUACCCCCGCUCACGCCUGGUGUGUGUAGAAAACACACACAACAUCAUGGGUGGACGCGUUCUCCCUGUCUCCUUCCUGCAGCAGCUGCGCUCUAUAGCAGAUAAGUAUGGACUUGCUGUGCAUAUGGAUGGUGCAAGGCUGAUGAAUGCAGCAGUGGCACUGGGUGUGCAUCCCUCUGCUUUACUCAAACACUGCCACACGGUCAGUGUGUGUCUGUCUAAGGGAUUGGGAGCACCUGCUGGUACCAUGCUUGCUGGGUCUAAAGAGUUCAUCCAGAGAGCAGUGCGUGCUCGUAAAGCCCUGGGAGGUGGAAUGCGCCAGUCAGGUAUUUUAGCAGCAGCUGGAAAGAUUGCCCUGUUGGACAUGAUGGCUAGACUAGAGGAGGACCACAGGAAUGCCAGGACCUUUGCCAGAGCUUUGACAGAAUGUGAUCCUCCUUUGUACCAUGUGGACUUGGCUUCUGUUGAAACCAACAUCGUGCGUUUCUGUUUGCGAGUUCCUGGACUGAGUCCGUCUCAUUUCUGUGAGCUGAUGGAGGAGGUGAGCGACGAGGAGAUUGACGCUCUGGACCAGGGUGUACGUGUGCUCAUGUUCCCUCACGUCAGAGGAACAGUGAGAGCUGUGUGGCACCUCGGCAUCAGCGAGGAGGACACUCAGCUAGCUAUAAAGAAGGCCCAGUUUGUGGCCCAACAAUUUAGGAUAAAAUCAGCAAGAGACAGAUGAAAGCAAGGGAAGAAUCUUCAAUCAUCAUCAUUGUCCCUUCAAUUAAGAAGUGCUAUGAAGCAUUCUGAACCAAAUUAGCAAACAUUUGUAUUACACACCAUUUGUAUUAAACUCUAUUAAAUCAAUUACAUUUCACUAGAAUAAUAAUAAUUUAUAUUUCGAUUGGAAUAGUGAUAUAUAAAAUGAAGGUUUAUAUAAAUCUUUCAGUCUAAUUUAUAGAUACAGCAAUUCAUGUGGAUUUGAAAUAAUACAGAAUUUUACACAUUGUCUCAUUGGCCUAUAUAAAUAAGCAAUUGUUUAUAUAUAAAACCAUAUUGUUUGGUUGCUAGAUAGCAUUUCAACACAUGCUAACUUGUUAAAGACAUCUGAGGAUGGAAUAAUGUCAUUUGAGACUUAAUACCCAAUUCUAAUAUAAUGUACAUUAUUACAUACAGUAAUUUUUUUAACGUAACAGCGACAUAUGGUUAUUACUGUAAGCUUCAAAUUAUAUUAGUCCAUGUUUUAUAUAAGUCUGAGACCACUAGUGAAAAUGCUUCUAUUUUGCGUUCUUUUCUAAUUUCAAAGAAGCGUUGAAAUAUUUACAUGAUUUACAGCGUUUCUUAGUAUUUGGUACGUUCCAUUUUUGCGUAAUGAGCUGGCAUGGACUCCACAAGUUUGUGCAAAACCCUGUGAUACAUUUUAGAUCCAUCGGAGUGUCGUCUGAACACAUGCUUCAAUAGAACAGAUUAGGCAUGAGGAAAAUCUGAACUUUUGUACAAAGCAGUUAACAUGGUCAAUAUCACACAUUUGCUUACAUUUCAAUAGGGACCUAGAAAUAGUGCAGAAUCUUGACUAUUAAAUAUUCAAGAUAUUGAACAUUUACUUUUUGGUUUAAAUAUCUUAAAAUUCUAAAACCUUCUGUUUAUUUCUAAUUUUAAAUGAAAAAAAAAUCCCAGAUUUUCAGUGUGGUCUCAGGCUUUUGGACCACACUGAAAAUAUAGAUAUAAAGCAAUAUAAAUGAUGUUGUCUCUGAAUCUCUGGUGGUAAUAAGAUUGUCCUGUAGCACACGUAAUGAGGCAUUGUUAUUUUGGGAAUAAUGAGUCUGUCACCAAGGUUUGCAUAUUAAGUACAUGUAACACGUGUCCCAUAAACACACUCACACACUCAUUCUGGAGAUGGAUUGUCUUAAUGACCAGGGGGAUAUUGCAUUUGCUGUGCUGCAUGUCAAACCAGAGCUCUGAGCCACACACUAGUCACACCAUUUGAAAACAGCUGCAUUAAGAUGAGCUUUACAAGUGUCAGAGUUAAUGAAAUUCUAUGUACAAAAUGUCCAUAAAUGGUAUUGUGCUAUAUCUACUUUCUGAUUAAAUACACCUUGGAUGUGUGCACGGAAUUCAAUUAAAUAACUUUGAUGGUUAGAACAAUAGUUGCCUAUGGCAACAAUGUGCACCAAGGCAACAAUGUUCCAGUGCUACAAUCAUGUGAAUAAAUCUCUUUUCCC